AUGGCAGGACGCCUCUUGCGAACCGUCCUCCUCGUGGCCGUCGUGGCUCCUGCUGUUCUUUCACAAGCCACCUGCGGUGGUGGCAAGCAGUGCCCUGAAGACAAGCCUUGCUGUUCACAAUAUGGCGAGUGUGGUGUCGGAGCCUACUGCCUGGGAGGCUGCGAUCCAGUCAAUUCCAAUUCUCUUGACUCGUGCGUUCCUAUGCCCAUCUGUCAAUCGAAGACCUACACAUUCGACAACCUCGAUCGUGUGGUGUCAAACACAAAAUAUCUUGGAGAUGCGAGCAAAGCCGACUGGGUUUCGUCCGGCACGCCUCUUUCCCACAAUGGUCAGGUGCUCCUGACCAUGGCUGAGGGAACUGUUGGCACCCUGUUAGCGAGCACGGCAUAUGUCUGGUAUGGAAAAACCACUGCGAGAUUUAGUACCGGUGCCGGUGCCGGUGUCGUCACUGCUUUCAUUUUACUCGGCGACUCCAAGGACGAAAUCGAUUUUGAAUUUGUGGGAGUUGAGUUGACGAGUGCUCAAACCAAUUUCUACUCCCAAGGCAUCACCAACUACGAUAACGGUGGAAACACCACUGGCCUUUCCGACGUCAAUAAAAACAUGCACGAGUACGAGAUUGACUGGCAGCCUGACACCAUUACUUGGUCAAUCGACGGCAAAGUAGUCCGCACCCUCGACCGCGACACAACCUGGAAUGCCACGGCUAAUCGUUAUUCAUUCCCCCAAACGCCAUCUCGAGUGCAGCUGUCACUAUGGCCUGGUGGUCUGCCUACCAACGGAGAAGGCACCAUCGAGUGGGCUGGAGGCCUUGUCCAGUGGGACUCUCCAUACAUGACCAACGGCUACUACUACGCCGCCUUUGAUGAAGUCUCGGUCGAGUGCUACGAUCCUCCCGCUGGCGCCAAAAAGUCUGGAAGCAAGUCUUACAUUUUCAACGAUAAAUCCAUGACCAAUCUGACCGUCGAGAUUACCAACGAUAACACCGUCUUGAAAUCUCUUCUGGGGACUGGCACAAAUAUGAGUGCAGACUAUGCUCAUUCCUCGGCAAGCGCUUCCGGCAGUGAUGUUGCUACCGUCCCUGGUCUUACUGGUGCCGGCCCCGGAACCAAUGGCCAGCGCCCUGACAAUGGCACUUCGAGCAGCAGUGACGGUGGCGAUGACUCGGGCAGCAACACCGCUUCUACCACAGGCAGUGCCUCCACUGGCUUCAUCCAAGGUGGAGGAGAUUCGAGCGGUGCCGGCCAGAUUGGCGGAAACUCCGAAUCCGCCCUCAAAGGGAGCCUAUUCGCUGUCAUUGUUGCCAUCGUCGGUUUGUGUGUGUUGUAA